AUGGAAACCAUGCAACAACAACAAGUUUUUCAAUCUCCACCUCAAACUCAAGGCUAUACACAACAUCCUCAACCAUACCAUCAUCAUCCUCCUCCAACUAGCUACUACCCUCAUCCUCCUCCUACCCAUCACUACGGCUAUCCUUCGCCGUAUUUUUACCCUGCGGCUCCUCCUCACUACUACAACCCCUCCCCUUUCCCUGCUGGCAGCACGUUCAACGCGGGUGGCAACACGAAUGGAUCAGGGAUACAGAAGAAUGGAGAUGUCAACGUUGGUAACAGUAAUCAGAAAACUGGUGGUGUAGAUAUUGGUACUAUUGGUGGAAAUCAUGGCAAUCAAGGUGGACAACAAUCUUCCGGAAAUAUUACUGCUGGCAACAUUGGGUGUUAA